UGCGUAUGUGUGGGUGGCGUACCUGCUGCGGACACGUUGACUGUAGGAACACUGGGAAGCGUUAAGGACACCAAACCGGGUGACCUUGGGAAUUACUGAAGCGAGGCCCGUGGAUUGUGUCCAAAAUAAACCCAUAAACCUCGGUGAGGCAGUCGACAGUUACAGAAUUGAACUGUACGGACACUGCCAUGGAGUUGGUUCCACCUUCCAGGGAAACUCUGAAGAAUAUCUUCCAAAGCAUCAACCUCAACACAGAACAGCACAGAAGAGACACAGAGCUUCUCAAAACAUGGCUCAACUCACAGCCUCACCUGCCUCACGAUCUGGACGACAGUCUCCUAAGCAGCUUCCUAGUUGGUUGCAAGAACAGUCUGGAGAGAGCCAAGACAGCCCUGGACAGUUAUCUUACCAACAGAACAACCUGUCCAGACUUCUACCAACACAGAGACCCGUGCGACCCGGCCUUCAGGAAGAUGUCUAGGGUCGUGAGAUACGUGACACUGCCGCGGAUGACGACGGAGGGCUACAGAGUGACAAUAUACAGUCUAGUGUCCCCAGACACUCCAGCUAAAGACAUUGACCUCUGUCUCAACGCCAGCAAAGUCCUGUGUUCCUACGACGUCAGAUUCCUCGAGGAUCCGUUCUGGGCAGGAGAUGUCAUUGUUAUAGAUAGCAAAAACUACACUCUCACCCAGCUGCCUGCAUUAAUGGUGUUGCCUGUGCUCAAGAAGUACAUACACUGUGUCACUAACACUUUACCAGUGAGAUUCAAGAAAAUAAUUUUCAUUAACAUGUCGCCUGUGGUUGAAAUAAUUUUAAAGACCAUAAAACCUCUGCUGAAGCAAAAAAUAGCCCAGAGAAUAAUAGCGACAUCAGAAGAUCACAAAUUCCUAUACAACCACGUUCCUCAAGACAUUUUGCCAGAAGAGUAUGGAGGAAAAGCCGGGAAACUCACUGAACUGAAUGAUGCCUGGCAACUGAAGGUGGAGAGUUAUCGAGAAUGGUUUUUGAACGACAUGAAACGGAAAGUCGACGAGAGCUUAAGGCCAGAAAAAAGUAAAUACAAACCCAAAGAGCAAAUGUUCGGCGUAGAGGGAUCCUUCAAGACUCUAACGAUAGACUAACACAAGUUAGCCUGCAAGAAGAGUUGUGCUCAACCAAAGUUGAAAUACAUUUGACAAUUGUACAGUCUUUUGUUGCAUUUCUGUUA